GAAUACAUGCUGCAGACUACAGUAGGUUUAUUUAUGGCCUGCGUGUGGCCUCACGUUUCUUCCGCUGUGCAAAAGGAAUGCUAUGAAUAAUACUAUUAUCGUCUCUUUUUGGAUUGAAAGUACAGGAAAUACUUUUUACUUUCUAUCAUUAUUGAACGUAAAGCUUGUGCGUUUAUUACGUCUUGUCCUGUGGCUCCUGUACAUAUAUCAUCUGUCCGCUGUUGAAUACCCUUUCUUACUGGUGCAAUCUACUGUUCCAUUUCUGCCUCAAGUCAGCACGAGUCAAAUCAAUCCCACGUGCUCGGCCGCAAUGAGAACUUGUCACGAUGGCGCCAGCACCUGCCCUUGUUCAGUUCUGGCAGACAGAUCUCACGCGCAAGACGUUCUUAGACUGCCUCGAAAAGGACGUCUUACGGUCACUACGCCUGGUGUGUCAUGACUUUGCUAUCCAGGCGUCUCCGUUCCUCUUUGCAGAUAUCGAAGUCCAGUUCCGGAGCAGCACGCUCACCCGGCCAUCGAGAGUGGCUGCGCUCGAACGGAUCGGACAUCAUGUCAAAUCCCUGACGUUUAAGAUCCCACAUUCCCAGGAGACUUUCCUGCCACCGCUGCUGGACCCAGUCACUGGCGCGGAGCAGACUUACGUCUAUGAACCACAAGUCCAUCCCCCGCGCACAGGGAUAGCUCGACUGAGCGUACCCAAAUAUGGCAGCUGGGAGAUGACAGACAUGCUCGUGAAGCAGUAUCCCCCACUGUUCCAUGCGGCUACGAACAUCCCUUCGUUUAUCCAUGCGUUUACCGUCAUGUACAAUCUAGAAGAACUCAAGAUUACCUGCGAGGGACAAGCCCCUGCCCACCGCUACCGUCGGAGUGUUGUGGACUACGCUUUGAUCUCUCUACGAGUAGCUGUCGAGCAGGCGCCGCUCAAGUCUCUCCAGACGUUAUCACUUCUACCCAUUCAUCCCGGCGCACUCUUAUAUCUCCGUCCUAACAUGGGGUUUGGUGCGUCGCCUGCCUCUCGCAAGCGCUGGUCGCAGAUCCGAAGGCUCGUCAUACAUAUGGAUAGCUUUCCCUACGCGAAGGGUCAGCCGAUGGAUCAUUUGAAAUUGCUGCACUCCUAUAUACAGAGUUUCCCUAACGUGAAGCGAUUCUCCUUCCGUUGGAUUGGCGCAAAGGGGCCUUGUCCGCUUUCUCUGGCUACAGAGCCCUGUCUCGCGGCUUCUACCAAAGCAACAUCAUCUCAAGCCUGCCCUAAGAGAUGCACGUAUCCCUUGAAGCCGCUAAUAUUGCACAAUCUACAGUACAUGGAACUAGAGAAUGCCAUCCUAGAUGCCUCGCAGAUCUCGUCAUUUAUCAUUGAUCACCGACGCACUAUCCGCGAAUUCGACUUUGAAGACGUCCUCCUCCGAGGUGGCACCUGGGACGACGCGCUAGCACCACUGACACGCAUCUCCGGCAAUGAUUCCUGGAAAGAAACUCAAGAAGAGACAAUGGAAGUUCCUAUCAUACUGAGUCCUACCGACGUAGACCAGAAGCAAAUACGGCGUGUUAUCCGAGAGGAACAGAGACGCAAGGAGCGUCUUCACAGUCUACGUGCGAAUGUUAGCAACAUGGCGCGAGCGCGACCCAAGAAGCGGGACUUGAUCUGGGGUGGUUCGGAUCAGUUGAAGCGGUUCUUGCGGUCGUCGAUGCUUAGCUGGCGGCAUCCUCGGCCCAUUGGGGAUUUUGAGACUUUCCCUAGGCUUGUUUAUCCGGUCAGGUUUUAGUGAGCGAAGGAGGGAAAAAGAAAUGAAGUAAAAUAAAAAGAAGAAGAAUGUAGUCCUGUCUCUUUACCCUUUCUUUCCUUGAUCAAGGCGACGUGUAUGGAACUAAUAUAUGCAUCGUGCAAAGUAAAUACAAAACAUAUUCUGAUUUCUGCGUACUAGUAAAAGCCACGGGCCUUGAUUCAGUAGCGUCCAGCUAGGCACAGGCAUUCGCCUGUUGUCCCUGGUGACCUCCACGGGGUAUAAGGACGUGCUAAGCUAUGGAUUUAUGUAGAUAAAGUGCAACCUUAAGAAACAUUUGGGACCAAAAAGGAAAGAGAUUUGCAAAGUGAAAUAAUCAUUUUCAGAGUCCUACAAGAAAUAAUUCUAGUUAAGAAGUUGAAGUAUACAAUAUGUGGCUGCCAAUGCGGGCGGCCAUUCUAAUUGUUAAAAGGUUUAGUUAUCUCAUCGGCGUCGG